GCUUGGGCAAUGGGGAACUGUUCUCUCAAAGGAAUGACCACCGAAUGCGAGAAGCCCAUCAGAAUCUUAACCGAUUCUGGAAACAUAAUCAAUUUCCAUGGCGCAAAGCAAGUCCAUCAAAUCCUCAAGGAUUACCCGCCCGCCGCCUACGGCGUUUUCCGGCGCCCCAAUCUCUCUUCACCGCUGCCCAAUUCGGCGCCCCUCGACGCCGGAAAAUCCUACUUUCUCCUACCGCUUUCCCGAGCCGCCGAGAGAGUUCCGAAGGACGACGGAGGGGCGCCGUCGAGGAGGUCCGGCGCGGCGGCGGAGGAUCUGGGAGGUGGGUCGGGGGUGGAGGUGCUUCCGGCGGGUGGCGACGGCGUUUGGAGGGUGAAAUUGGUGAUAGAUACGAAACAAUUGGAGGAGAUUUUGGCGGAGGAAGUGAACACGGAGGCGUUGAUUGAGAGAAUGAGGGCGGCGGCGGCGGCGGCGACGGAAAGUCCACGGCGGGCGAAGAUCGGAGGGUGGAAGCCGGUGCUGGGGAAUUGGCUGAAGAUUUUUCCAAUUGAUUUGGGUAACAGUAAAGCACAAAUUAAGGAUUUUAAUUCUGGAAAUGGGUGUUUAAAUGCAACAUAAUUAAAAGGGAAAAAAACCAAGAGAAAAGUCCUUUUUUUUGGGGGGGCCAAAGUUUGUGUAAAAUGUGAUUUUAUUUACUUAAUUGUGGAAAAUGUUUCAGGGUGCUGUAGAUAUAAGUGUAUGUAAUGACUCAUGAUUGACUGAAAGUUUUUUGAAUGAGAAAUUUUGGGAGUUUUUUUU